CGUCUCUAUUUAUUCCAGUCAUAUCUGCCACCCUGUUGACCUGCUUUGCAUCUAAGUAUCUCCUAUGAGCCGCACCAACUUUGCUACCUCAUUCGCCCCCUAUACCCCACCACCAGAUGAUCCCUCCUAUGCGUCCUCUUCCAAGCCCGCUUCUCGGCCAUGGCUCCCAAGACAGUCUGCGCAGCAGCCGGCCUCUUACCAGUCUGGAGGCAUACCGACCUUCAAUACAUCACAAGCCGGCGGUCUCGGCGCCGUAGAGACUGAGGCUGAGAGUGGAAGCAGCAUCUGGGAGACACGGUAUGAUAUGAGAGUCGACGUGUUGGCUGCUUUCGCAUAUAUCUUAGGUCCCAUCUCUGCAUUGCUAUUACUGAUUCUAGAGACUCAUAAUGACUAUGUGCGGUUUCAUGCAUAUCAAUCUGCUCUGCUAUCAACACCCCUCGUUCUCCUACGGGUAUUAGCUACUGUCUUGCAAUUCUCGUCCGUCAUAUGCACCUUCUUCACCCUCUUCAUUGUGGUGUCCUUGCUUUACAUGACGUGGCAAGCCUGCAUUGAUGCUGCACGGCAUGGCCUCGUUCGCUUCCAGAUACCAGUCAUAGGCCCGAUUGCGGACCGUUGGGUGUCAGAGGAAUGAAUCCGACGUCGCUUGGUCUCGCUCUGCCGACUGACACGCUUGUACGUACCAAAGCGCGAUCGUCUCUACGCCAGUGCCCGUGGUGAUGACGAGAAUAGAUUGUUAGUCAUGCGUGCAAUACGAAGGCAAAAUAAAAAUCGUGAUACAGAACGAUGCAAGAAACUUCAAUAUAGUCAGGAUCCAGCCUGUGA